GUUUCAGUGACGGAGGGAGAUUCAGUCACUCUAAACUCUGGUUUUACUGAAAUGAAGGAUAAUUGGAUUGAGUGGAAGUUUGGAAAUGAAGACACUUUAAUAGCUGAAAUCAAUAAAUGGAAGAACAGAUUCACUGUAAAUGAUGAUGUUCUUGAUGAGAGAUUCAGAGACAGACUGAAGCUGGACAAUCAAACUGGAUCUCUGACCAUCACAAACACCACAACUGAACAUGCUGGACGUUAUAAACUAGAUCACUUUUAUAACACGAGGACUUCUAUUAUUUGUCUCGCUGUCUAUGCUCGUCUGCCUGUUCCUGUCAUCAGCAGAAACUCUUCACAAUGUUCUUCAUCAUCAUCAUGUUCAUUGGUGUGUUCAGCUGUGAAUGUGAGUCAUGUGACUCUCUCCUGGUACAAAGGAAACAGUUUAUUGUCCAGCAUCAGUGUGUCUGAUCUCAGCAUCAGUCUCUCUCUACCUCUGGAGGUGGAAUAUCAGGAUAAAAACACCUACAGCUGUGUGCUGAACAAUCCCAUCAGCAACCAGACUCAACAUCUGGACAUCACUCACCUCUGUCACACAUGUUCAGACUCUGUCCACUGUUGUGGUCCUACUGAAGCUGUGAUCCGAUUGGUCCUCUCUGCUCUGGUGGGCGUGGCUACUGUCAUUAUUCUGGUUUAUGACAUCAGAUCCAGAAGAGCUGAACGAGAUCAAGCUCAUAUUCACACAUCAGGAAGUAUUGAAAUCUAAAGCAGAACGCUGAACUUUAAAGAUUCUUCAAGUGUGUUUUUGUCAUAAUAAAUACUGAUGAUUAUUUGAGCUUCUCUCUCUUUCAGUGUCAGAUUUAUUUAAAUCUUAUUUGUAAGGCUUUAUUGUUUAUAUUUCUCUCUCAUACAAACAAAUUAAUAAAGAGACACACAGAUCUCACUUUACUAAUACUGCUGUUCAUCUGUCAUAUGUAUUUGCUUGUCUUUAUCAAUAAAGUUUUCUCACUCUGAGCUUCAAGAGUCUCUCCAUGUUU